GCCCGUAACUCCGGCUCGGGGGCGGGCGGGGAAGUGAGCGAAGGGGCCCCGGCAUGGCGAGCGCGGCCAAGCGGGCCUGCCCGGCCCCCGGCCCCGACGCCCUGUCCGCCUUCCUCGAGUGGUGCGAGCGCGUCGGCCUGGCGCUGAGCCCCAAGGUCUGUGUGAGCAGAGAAGGCACAGUAGCUGAUUAUGGCCUGAUAGCCAGAGAGGACCUUCAGGCUGGAGAAGUCCUCUUUACCAUCCCAAGAACUGCACUCCUUUCACAACACACAAGCUCUCUAUCAUCCCUCCUGGAGAAAGAACAAGCCUCCUUGAAAAGUCAGUCUGGCUGGGUUCCCCUCUUGAUCUCUCUUCUCCAUGAAUCCACAACCAAUAACUCUCACUGGGGGCCUUACUUUUCCCUGUGGCCUGACUUCAGUGGCCUGGAUCAUCCCAUGUUCUGGAAUGAGGAAGAGCGGCGGAGGCUUCUGCAGGGCACAGGGGUUGCGGAAGCUGUGGACAAAGACAUAGCCAAUAUCCAGACGGAGUAUUCCUCUAUUAUUCUGCCCUUCCUGAAGGCCCACCCAGAAGUCUUUAACCCCAAGGUGCACACAAUGGAACUGUACAAGAAGCUGGUGGCAUUUGUCAUGGCCUACAGUUUCCAGGAGCCUUUGGAGGAGGAAGAGGAGGAUGAGGAGGAGCCCAGUCCUCCAGUGAUGGUGCCCAUGGCAGACCUUUUGAAUCAUGUGGCCAACCACAAUGCCAACUUGGAAUAUUCCCCGGAGUGCUUGAAAAUGGUGGCGCUUCAGCCCAUCUGCAAAGGCCAAGAGGUCUUCAACACUUACGGACAGAUGGCCAACUGGCAGCUCCUCCACAUGUAUGGUUUUGCUGAACCCUAUCCCAGCAACAGGAACGAUGCUGCCGAUAUCCAGAUGUCGACCCUGUGCAAAGCUGCUCUGCAAGCUACGAAAACAGAUGCAGAGCAGCAGCUGGUUUUGCAGCAAUGGGAUCUUCUUUGUCAGAUGGAGAUGGUGGGCGAGGAAGGAGCCUUUGUGAUUGGCUGGGAAAAGGUCUUUACUGGAGAGGAGUUGACUGUGGCAUUGAAGGUGUUGGGUAUGUCUGCAGAGGAAUUCAAGGAGUUCAAAGAGCAAGAAGGCUGGGUAGACGGAAUGGGCGAGACUGGCAACACUGACGUGGCGCUGAGCAUGAUACCAACACUCAAGUCAUCCUGGAAGAAAUUGUUAUUAGAUGCCACACAAUUAACGCUGCAGGCAUACAGCUCUGACUUGAAGGCAGAGGAAGGACUGCUCAGUGACCCACAGGCCUUUUCCAAACUGAACUGCCGGGAAUGGUUUGCGCUGCAAGUGCGCUAUGGCCAGAAGAAAAUUUUGCACCAGCUGCUGGAGCUCGUAAGCUAGCUAGCUGGAGGCGCACGGGCAUCCAGCCUCCCCUCCUUAGGUGAAGGAUACUGCCUGGAAGCACCGGCAGGCCUCGCUUCUGGGCUCCGGGGGCACGUGUGUGCUCAUGACAUCCUAAGUGAGACCUUGCAGGAAGGAGCAGGGCACUGCACCUUUCUCGUGUACCUUGACGUUGGAGGACACUGCUGGGGUGCAGGACAGGUGGACGUCGAGUUCUGAGUUCCUGUCUGGCGAGGAAGCUCAGGCAGACCCACGCGUCUGGUUCUCCUUUUUAGAGGUGUUGUAAGAUUUUAGCCCAGGAAUGCUCAAUAAAGCCCAGCAUGGAAUUAGGAUUAAUAACUUGUCCAUGAUUGUGUAGAAUGUGUCUUUGCUGUAAAAGUUGACAGAAGGAAACAUGCCUGCACUGGAGGAAGUCAAGAUCGCAGGGGAAGAGAGCAGAGCAAAACGCUCUUUUGCUCUCUACAAUGUACUGCCAGUACUUUUAUGUAAGCAGCGAGGCACGUAGCUCUUCAUCAAAGAGGCCUGGAAGUUAUUCGCUCAUUCUUUCUUACCUGCUGCUUAUAGGGCGGACCCCUCUACCACGAUUUGCAGACUGUCCAUUUCCCUACAAAGGCAGGACUAUUACAUGUUGCCCGCUUGUCUCUCCUUCUAAUAAGAGAUGCUAGCAAAGAUUAGUUCUGUUUUGUAGGGAAUGGGAUAACACCUGCACAGGAAAGGUAUAGUGGAACCUUGCAGAGCAGUACUGGGUAAUUUCUAUGCAAUGCUAUUGUGAUUGCUCUACUGAAUCCAUUUCCAGCUCAUUUAAACUUUUUCUGUCCAACUCCUGUGGCAUUUCGAGACAUGGAUCUAUUUAAAAGGAGCCUCUUUACUAAGACUGCAUGCCUGGCUCCUUCCCUCUUUGGCUGUUGCCAGCCCUUCACAACAGGCCUGUGUUUGCUUGAGUCAUUUGGCAACUGGGUCCCUUCUCUCUAGUGAGCAAACCCAGUCUUCCCCUUUUCUGUGACGGCUGAUACUUCUCGUGAACUAGGCAAACAACAAAGCAGUGGGAUUCUCUCCUUGGGACUGUAGUUAGUGGAAGUGCCGCUGCAUGUACUUAUGGAAGGGCUACAGCAAAUAAAUUAUGGCGAUGACUGCACGUUUAUACAUGUGUACUCAUUGGGAAGUGUGUGCAUUUUUAACAAAAAAACAAACCCUAGACUAGAUGCUGUAGUCACUAUGGAAAGUUUGGCAGAGUGGAUUGUGUCUGCCCUUCUGAACCUCCUUUUCAAGGUACAAACAGUGCACACACACAAAAACCCCCUCCAUUCCUUGGGACCCAAGGAUGUAGAAAAUGGCCUCUCGCUAAAGGAGCUGGUUUCCUCUCUGGAACAGUAAAGGCUCCGAGCAGAAAAGGAGAAAAUAUCAUACAUAAGGGAAAGCACAUAAGAAAAACAGAAGCAUUUUUCCUUUUUGAAUCCUAACAUUGUAGAAGCGGGAAGGG